GUAUGGUCAAUCGAUAGCGUGUCACCUCCAGUUCAGAUGCAUUCGAAUGCAGCGUGACCGUUUAUCGAUAAUUCCACGGCCACACUGCUCCAAUGUUCAGUUCUAAAUUUAAAGCGUAGUUUGUCGUACACGAAACGAUGCGCGGGAGCAAUCGACUGCAAUAAUUAAACAAUUCGCCAGCGUGCCACAACUAGUGAAAUUCCUAUAGUUAAAUUGACGAGCAGUUGAAUUUUCAAACGAGCAAACAUUUUCACAAACCACGUAACGUAACACAUGUGCGUACGUGUGUGUGUGGGUGCGAGCGAGAGGCAGUGUGUGUCAAAAUGACAGCAGUAGCAACAACGAAAACAACAACAAUAGCAACAAAAGCAGCAGAAAUCAAAUCAACAACAACAGCUUAGAGUUAGCCAGCUGUGCGAGGUCGCUUCAGCCAGCCCCCCUUCCCCACAGAAUACUGAAAAACCAAAAACCACAUUUGACGAAAAUAAAUACAAAAUUGUUCUGUUCUCUGUGGCAAGCAGGAUCAAAACCCAAAUUAUUUGUCACGUUAUCAACACUCAAAACACAGCAAGCGUGUUAUGAACAUACUAAAACCAACCAAACUCAAGUGUAUCGUAUUUAACCAACUGCGUCACACUUGGACGUUUCUUUUGUUUAUCUGCGAUUUCCUGGCCCAGAUUUACAGAACGCCCCGUAUAACUGACCACCAGGAGCAGCUGGCCAAUCAUUAUAAUAACAACAAUAACAAUAAUAACGAUCUGAUAAUGGAGCAGGACAUGCCAGAGGAGGAAGUGGGUCAGCCAGAGGAGGCGCUGCCACAGCAGCAGGAUAACGCAGAGCUUGUAGGCCGAUUCAAUGCCAUUCAGGCUGCGGUGGAGCUCAUGGACGCUGCCAGCGAUUUGGACGAGGAAGAGGAGGAGGAAGACGACGACGUGGAUGUGGACUAUGGUGAUACAGAUUCGGAAUCAGAAUUCGAAGAGAUGUACUCCGACGAUUGGACCAGUUCCAGCGAUGAGCUGGACGAGAGUAAAGAGCUAUCCAAGAGUGUGCUGAAUGUCUUCCUGUCGCCGGAGCAGCAGCAAGCCCAGGCGGCCAGCCAGCCUCCUUUGUACACCUUCCAGCCGUUGCGUCUCGUCAAGUGCCAGUACAGGGAUAAACAUUUGCCCGGUGGAUUCCCCCUGGCGCGCAGUGGCCAUCGGAUCAUCGCCUCCAAUUCGCAUCUGUACUCCCUGGGUGGCUACAAUCCGCGGAGCGCCCUUUCUGCAGCACGCCACGACCGCUGCCUUCUCUUCCAGGAGCUGUGGAGCUACAACUUUGCCACGAGGACCUGGAGGCUGGAGCUGAAUGCGGGCAAUGCCGCCAAUAUGCCCGUGGAGCUGGCCUCCAAUGCAUUGACCAUUCACAAUAACGUGUUGAUUUCUCAUGGCGGCACUGGCUAUCCCUUUGGAGUAUCCUGCUCCAACGACUGUUACGUUUACCGAACGGCCAGUGCAGGCGCGACACCGGGCGUGGAUCGCCUGCAGGUGAAGGGUGAUUUGCCCACAGCUCAGUAUGGACCGGGGAUAGUGAUCCACAAUAACUUCCUGUACACAAUCGGCGGAACGACGGGAUUUGAAUACACUUGUGAUGUUUAUCGUUUGGAUUUGCGCACUGGCAUAUGGGAGAAUGUGUACAUAAGCCGCCCGGAGAUGCGCGACGACCCGGAGGGACGUUACCGCCACGAGGUCGUUUAUGAUGGCAAGCACAUCUUUGUGUUGGGCGGUGGGACAUCGCACUCUGUAUACGAUUUGCAGCGCAUUCCGGCUUACAACCUGAAGGCGAACUGCUGGGAUUACUUUGAAACGUAUCCCGAUCAGCGUGCUGCUGAUGCGGACGACGGCAACAGAGGCUAUCCAAAGCCGCGCAAGUGCUUUUCGUGUGUUCAGCACCAGUCCUCCACUGGGGAUAUCGAGGCUUUCAUCACGGGCGGUCUGCAGGGCGACUUCUCCACAUAUUUUUCGGACAUCUGGAAGCUUAAUCUGCGCACUAAGCAUUGGUACCGCAUCGAGACCGCCAUUCUGCCCCGCCCCCUGUACUUCCAUUCGGCGGCCCACGCCGAUAAUGGAUGCAUGUACGUGUUCGGAGGCAUCGAGUACAUGGAGAAGGAGAUGCGCCGACGCAACGACCUGUACAAGAUGUGGAUGACAGUGCCCAAGCUGAGCGAAAUGUGCUGGGACGCCAUUACAUACUAUAACGACAAUCUGGACUUGUAUGACCGAAAAACGCUACUGGGAGCCGGUAUACCCAAACGCUUUGCGGAACGUCUACCGCCGCAGCGCAGGAGGCGCUUGGACAUGAGCCAGCCAGACCCGUCCAUGCUAAUUUCGCUUUACUCGAACCCAAAACGUGCCCGCUCCACAACGCAAUAAGCCUGCUACUGUCCCCACAACAAAAUAAAGCGAAACCAAGGAGGGUAGCGGAGCCAUACCUUCUCUAAUCUCGUUCAGUUGCAGAACUUUA